AUGGCCAUUCAGUCAACUGUCUUAACAGACCCACUUCUCACUUCAAGCCCAUCAAGAAUAUCCAUCGGAGGUGGAGAGCAAUGGAUUGGGUCUUUUUCAUUGAAAACAAAACCUUGGCAUCUGAGGCUUUCCAAUGGAAGCAGAGCAAGAGUAAGAGCUCCUUUGAAUGCCGAUUUGAAGGCAGUUGGCAUUCCUCAUCAAUGGUACAAUGUCGUUGCAGACCUUCCAGUGAAACCUCCUCCUUCACUGCAUCCUAAGACAUUUGAACCAGUCAAACCUGAAGAUUUAUCUCCUCUCUUUCCUGAUGAGUUGAUAAAGCAGGAGGCAAGCACUGACAAGUUCAUAGAUAUCCCAGAAGAAGUUCUUGAUAUUUACACGCUCUGGCGCCCAACUCCAUUGAUCAGAGCCAAGAGGUUAGAAAAACUUCUUGAUACGCCUGCCAGAAUUUACUACAAGUAUGAAGGUGUCAGCCCAGCCGGAUCACAUAAACCCAACACUGCAGUCCCACAAGUAUUUUACAAUGCGCAGCAAGGCGUCAAGAAUGUUGUGACAGAAACUGGUGCUGGCCAAUGGGGAAGUUCAUUGGCCUUCGCGUGCAGCUUAUUUGGUCUCGAAUGUGAGGUGUGGCAGGUUCGUGCUUCCUACGAUCAGAAACCAUAUCGUAGAUUAAUGAUGGAGACCUGGGGUGCAAAGGUACACCCAUCUCCAUCAAGCAUUACUGAGGCAGGCAGGAAAAUCCUCCAGAUUGACCCAUCAAGUCCAGGAAGUUUAGGAAUAGCUAUCUCGGAAGCUGUGGAGAUUGCAGCUACAAAUGCUGACACCAAGUAUUGCUUGGGGAGUGUGCUCAAUCAUGUCUUGUUGCACCAGACAGUCAUAGGUGAGGAGUGCAUAAAACAAAUGGAGGCUAUAGGUGAAACCCCUGACGUGAUAAUCGGAUGUACUGGUGGAGGGUCCAAUUUUGCUGGACUCAGUUUCCCAUUCAUCCGAGAGAAGCUCGAUGGGAAAAUCAAUCCAGUCAUAAAAGCUGUUGAACCUGCUGCAUGUCCUUCACUAACAAAGGGUGUAUACACAUACGAUUAUGGCGAUACGGCAGGAAUGACUCCGUUAAUGAAGAUGCAUACACUAGGACAUGACUUCAUUCCUGACCCUAUUCAUGCUGGCGGAUUGCGCUACCAUGGCAUAGCACCAUUAAUUUCACAUGUAUAUGAGUUGGGUUUCAUGGAAGCAAUGGCAAUCCCUCAGAUCGAGUGUUUUCAGAGUGCCAUACAAUUUGCUCGGACCGAAGGACUAAUACCGGCACCAGAGCCAACUCAUGCAAUUGCUGCUACCAUCAGGGAAGCUCUUCAUUGUAAAGAGACUGGAGAAGCAAAGGUCAUUCUCAUGGCAAUGUGUGGACAUGGCCAUUUUGACCUGACAUCUUAUGAGAAGUAUUUGCAAGGAAAGAUGGUUGACUUGGCUUUCGAAGAGGAGAAAAUACGAGCAUCGCUGGCCGAAGUCCCUCGAAUUGCAUGA